CAUGCGAGAGGCCUGCCGCCGUCGACGUAGUACGGUUACCUGACCGACCGUACCUGUUUUUGCGGAAAGGAGGCCGGGUGGCGAGGGGCGCAACGGCCGCUCCUCGAAGUCAGCCCCGGCUGCUCACUUGGCUGGCGGUUUGCCGUGGCGUCCCCACCCACCGCCGCUGACGAGGCAGUGCCGGUGUCACAAAGGCCCCCGGCGCUGGAGGCGCUGACCGCGGAGGUAAAUCGCAGAUGACGACGCCCGUCAAAACGUGGUGCCGGUGAUUACCGCUACGAGCAGGUGGUGGUGCCGAGCGGCGACGCUUCACGCGCAACCAUGGAGACCGGCGUGUUCGUGACGGCGCUCGCGUUGUGCCUCGCGCUGCUGUGGGAGUCGGGCGGGACGAUCAAGUGCUGGGAGUGCAACUCUCACUUCGAUCCACGGUGCGCCGACCCGUUCGAUAACAAGUCGCUUCCAAUCGGCGAGUGCGCUGCCCGGUCGUUGCAGAGCUACCCAAAACUCAAGGCCUCCAUGUGCCGCAAGAUUCGACAGAAAGUGAACGGCAAUUGGCGGUUCAUCCGGACCUGCGCCUUCCUGGGCGAGCCAGGCGAAGGCACCAACGACGAGAACUACUGCCUCAUGCGGACUGGCACCUACGACGUAUUCGUCGAGACCUGCACCUGCAAAAGCAAGGACGGCUGCAACACAGCCUCGCAACAGAGCGGACCGCUUUUACUCUUGGCGCUCGGAGCAGCUGCGGCCACUGGGGUGGUGUUGGGCGCCCUCCGCAAUUGACCACUGCGCUUGACGUACGCUAUGCCACUAUGCGCGUGGGCUACUCGGACACCCCGCCUUGUGGUCUACCUAAGGCUCACACGUGCGUGCACCUUCUGGGACAUUUUGCCAUGCUGACGCUAGUGGUACUAGUGGAGCUAAAGCUGACAGCAACGCCACCUGGUGGUCAUUUUUUGUCGCCGUUCCACCCGCUCCGGAUGCGAGGUCCUGACAUCGAGUUGUCGGCUGGUCAGCAAAAAGAAGACAUCGCUGUUUGCUGUUCGCUUCUUGCGCACGGAGCUUACUCUGUACUGUGGUGAUAGUGUUUGCUGCGAUUGGGACACAAGAGUGGUAAAGCCUGGGCCCGAAAGGUGACUCGAGUCACCUUUCGGACGCAAGCCUCACCACUCAGCAGGAUCCUGCUGAAGGGGAGUCUAGUUCAGGCUGGUUGUGAAAUGUCCGUCCAACUUGUUUGUGGGAGAAUCCCUGGCAAGAGUGCGCAGGCAACAACAGCGUACCCCGCCGAUAUUGUACUUAGCUCGUGCGAACGUUAGCGCGCAUACCACGGGGCACUUGGUUACGACGGUAAAGAGUCGGACGCCAAAAACGACAGACUCCUGUUGGAGCCAAGGUGGUCGAUAUGUAACAACGCCGUGCACUGAUCAUUAGCAGAUUAAAGGAGGAGGAUGAGGAAAUAAAAAGAGAAGGCAGGGAUGUUAACCAGAAAUGCAUUAUCAGGUUAAAGAAAUAUGGAGCAGGAAGGGGGUCUAUCCUGCAGCAACGUUUUCCAUUGCAGCUAGCUCUUUCGGGAGGCCACAGUACCAAAACGUUGGUACUUUUGAGAAGGAUAACACGGCGGCCGGUCAGUACAGCCGUGUUCUGGAAUAACCACAACAUAUAGGCAGAGGCAGUGGCUUGCCCUUUAGGUCAACAGGUAAAACCUGUUGACUAAAGUACGUUAAGAAUGACGGAUUUAAAAAAAAGGGUAUAGAGGUUGCAGUUUGGUCUUACCGGGCGUACAAAUGCAUUUACCCCAUGCGAUGAGUUCCCGGACAAGCUGUGGGCUGCAGUUGCUCUGCAUACUACAUGUAUGUUUACCAUGUAUGCAGUUACAUGCAUACCACAUGUAUGCUUUAGCUGCUCCACGACGGAGCAGCUAAAACGAGGAGGCUUAGAGGGGAUAUGGCUGAAAUAAAACAAUCUGGUCUAGAUAAAAAAAAAAACAGUUUGCGAGGUUACUGUAAAAAAAAAAUAAGAGUAAAAGAAUCAGGGGAACCGAGGGGCUUCAUUUUUUAGUAACAACCACAUGAAGCCAGCAGUUGGCUUCAUAUGGCGAACUGUGUUGACGCUAUGAAAGUGUAAGAGCAAGGGGGGGGGGGGCACGCGAAUUAAGUUCCUCGUAAACUUAGUAUUGCAAUCUGCUUUACUCGCGCAAGGAGUGGGGAGGGAGAAGUUAUUGUCGUGUCACCGUUUGUUCUGUGUUCUUCAGCCGAGCGCAGAACGUUGCAUUAAAUAUAGUACCGCAGGUUUGUACCGUCACACGUCGCACGUUAUUGGGCGCGACUAUACAAGCACUUGCAUUCAUAUUUCCGGCGCGUUACCGUACGGCGUCGUUAUCCUAGAUAGACGCACAGAGGUGAUCCUUUGCGUCAAUCUUGCAACUCACUUGAUCUGCCUGCACUAUACACAGGAAACCUUGCAGUGCCUUAAGUAAUUGUGAUCGCCUUUAUACCAACUGCAGUGACAUUGUUGGCAGCGGAUAACCGUCAUCGUUUCUCUUUGACACCAGUCAGACUCAGGCAUAUAGCGUUCGCUCUUUUUCAGUGCGCGAGGUUGUCGCGUCUACAGGUGUCUUGCAAGAAUCUCGUGCGUGGCGGCCUACCGGUAUAAACUGCCUUCCGUGAUCGAAUCUAUGGCUUGCCGUCGCUGUAAGUCGUGUGGUACCAGCACCAUUGAACUGCAAUGAGGUUUUGUUUCGUAUUUACUAAACGUGAACGAGCAACCCUCGCCAAAGUCAUUCGAUUCAAGAAAGCCUGAAGGUGAACGGGUGAACUUGCUAAUGAGCUGAGGCGUAAAAUGCGCAAAAAAGUCAGUAUUUGUUUUUAUCCCUCUGUCUUUCUCUCUUUGUACGCGACUUAUCGACCUGGUGAGGACACGCACGGCAUGGCGCCUUCAGCGUCAGUAAAGUUUAUGAAGAAACGACAGAGACGACAAUGAGACAAUUUUUUACUCUAAGUUACAAUGUCUAGAACCCAAAUCUUGUGCAUUCCGACUACUCGAUGUACUGCAUAACACAUUCUUUAAAGGCACGGUUUUCUUGUGUCUUCUCGAAAAAGAGCUAAACGUGCAAUAAGGUCAGGUUGUGGCUUGCCGGAAAGAAGGAGAAAAUGCUUGUCUUUGAGAAACUCUGAAUGUCACACCCUAUUUUAUUAUUUAUUAAUUUUUUUUUUUGGCGCACUAUAUACCUGUACCCGCGAAAAUAUUUUCUGUAAGCCGUUGGCGUCUGAGCGCUGUCUUGGAUAUAUUAUACGUAUCGCCCCCUUUUUUUUUUCACAAGACAGCCGCAAUUGUUAAAUAGAAGAUGACGUUCGUGAUAUCGAAGGAACAACGUUCAGCUCACGUUACCGUCUCUCAAGACUGCGCAUAUCCUUCCGCUCAGCGUUCACAAUUUUGAUGAACUCCGUGCGGAAGUUAUGAGCUGCCUGCAGCAGCAUACUUCAUAUAAAGCGGUGUGCUGCACAAACGGAGCCCGAAAGGUAACGCGCAGAGCAGCGUGGAACUCGGGCAGGGACCAGAGUCGCGCGACCUUCAUGUUGAAGCGCGACCAUUUUGUUAAUUCGUUGCCUUAUUACCUUAUACCACCAGCUUGUGCGGGUGAACAUUCCGUCCAUACUGUAACACCCCUGAAUAAUCCAAGUGCCACAAAUCACCGAGGUAACCAGAUCACUCCUUUUCAUGCUGUACUUCUUUAGUUACCGUGUUUUACUGAGAGUAGAGUGUGCGUAUACGUGGAUCGCGAAAGGGUCGUGUGAAUGCUCGUGCGAUUAACCAGUGCAUUUUUAGACGGAUCUUUUUUUUGUGUGUGUACAAACGAAAUAUAUGAAUAUUCAUGGCCUCCAUAUGCAAACAUGUUUCCUAUUCACCAUGUGAAUGCGUAGAGUGAAUGAAGGGUCGUACGCUGCGAAUUUUGUCUCGUUUUUGCACUCUUAUAGCCUCCAUAUUUUUGUACCUCAAAUGCGGAGUUUGUUGCAUGAUCACGUGCGGUGCAACCAAUUUGGCUCGGUGCUGAUGUUGAGAAAGAAAACCAAGGAAGAAACACUUCAUCGGCUGUCUCUCUCUCCCUCUCUAUUUACUUUCUUAUAUUGAAGUACAAUACAGAAAGUGACAGAGCCUCGCAUAGCUGACAGGAAGGAGGCCGAUUUGCAAAACUCUGGUUAUAUUUAUCGCAUGUUGGAGUAAUGCCUUUCAGUUACGCUCAGAUUUAUAGGGUUACACUAAAGAAAAAAAAAUAGAGUCAGGCUGGAUUAUAGGCGCUUUCACUGCAUUUCUGAAAUGGCGAAUAGACCACGUUUAUUGAGGAAAAAAAAAAAAGGCAUUCGGGUUGGAAGAAGUGUGCGCUAUAGAAAAUGACGUAAAAGUGAGGGGGGCUUUGUGUCGACGCCACCUUCCCAUUUUCGCGAUGGCUUGCUGUGGCGUCACAGAUUACGAUCAACAACCAGCCGAGGCUGGUCAGUGACCUGUUUAAAAAAAAUUCAUCGCAAACGGAAGCUUUAACGCGACUUUUCCGCCUUUCCUGCAGUAUGUGGACUCGCAUCCGACGAAAUGCCACGAAAUACGUGGCGUUGUACGACGUCGUCAGUAAUGCCGCUCUUUGACUAUGAGCCAAACUUUAUGAAUUCGGCCUUGCGAAUUGCUCCGCUAGUAAUUCUUUAUUUUUCCCCCCCAAAACAAGCGGCUAGAGAGUACGAAGUAGGAAUUGUACCAGACCGAUCUGGUGUAAUAUUCGCCUUCAGCUUUCUUUUGUAAUUUGCGCUUACCGGCCGCGCUUGCCCUGCACACAACUAUCCCUUUGUUUUUUUAAUCACUACUGUUGAAACCGGCUGAACAAGCGUGUUCUGUAUCGUCUUAGAAAGAUCCUCUGUGUGUUUCAGGGGCUGGGCGGUGGCCCCGUCACAAGCACGCUAGAAUACGUUGUUUCUUUAACAAUGUGCUUUACGUUCUUGUAUAACUGCGCGAUCACAUAGUUUCCCCUACCUGUAACCAUUACUUUGUUGCCUUGCCUACGCGAAAUUCAGUCCGCAAGUCGAUAAUGUGCAGCUCCCAUUGUCUUUGUCUUGUACUGCAAACUAUUCCAAUGGCUUCAUUAUCUUGCUUUUCUUUUUUUUUUAACACUUUAAGCAAACUUCUUCUUCCUCUCUCCUCCAUCAUCACACUUCUUUGAAUUUGUGCGCAAGAAGAAGCGAUGUAAUGAUGGAAAGUUAUAGCUGACCGUCGGCUUACGGUACGUUCCGCUCCCGUUUGACCCGUAGAGGCAGGCACUGCGGAGAUAUUUGGCGUUUUUCAUAAGCGCAUCUCGCAGAGGCGCGGGCGACGUGCGGUCAGUCUGGCUACAAAAACGACGAAGAACAUGAGUGAACGCACAGUCGCGCUACAACAACAACAACACUCACAAACGGCUCGGCUGAGUGGCGAAGGUAGACUUUUGCCUUCCGCUGCCGGCAAUAAUGAGCGUACGUGCACUGGCGUUUUGUCUGGUCGGCUGUGCGCAAAUCGCUAGGAUGCACGGAUCUGAGCGGAGCGAACUGUAAAGAAAAACGCCAAGCUAAAACUCUCAAAUGCGCGUGUUUCGAGUAUAUAUGCUGUCAAUUUCAGUUCCCGGCAACGUACGCAAGAUUAUAAUUUGGUGGUCCUCGUCGGUCUGCACUUUGCACCGGAGCUUCCUACGUAUCAUCCGGAGGUGUCUCUCUCUGUUCCAUAAGAAAGAAAGAAAAAAAAGUCAUUCAUUGCCACUCGUGUGGCCCCGCACGAUGCUCAAGCCGUGGCGACAAAUAAACACUUUCAAAACCCCU